AUGACCAAGGCCAAAAAGGAAAUAAUGGAGCAUAGAAAAUGCGCAGAAUACGGUUCCUUGUUGCACCCUAAAUUUGUAUACUGCUGUCCCGAACCGGGAAAUAAGCUACCAAAUAACGGAAAAUGCGGUAAAGGCCCAGCCGUUAACCGAAUUUCGGGUGGUAAACACCCGGAGCUUAAUCAGCUGCCUUGGAUGGCCCUGCUUUUGUAUCGGAACCGCAUAAGUUGGAAAGAGCCACUUGUGGGGGCUUGUGGGGGAUCCCUGAUCACCAACCGAUACGUCCUGACCGCAGCCCACUGUGUGGAUAAAGAAGAUCUCAGGAAGCAGGACUUAGUGAUCCAAAGAGUGCGCUUGGGCGAGCAUGACACCUCCGUCGAUCCCGACUGCCAAUACGGGUACUCUUGGAGUUCAGGAAAGCACUGCGCUCCUCCUCAUCUGGAAAUCGACAUUGAGAAGGUCAUUCCUCAUCCGGGCUACUCCAAAAGCAAUGUAUACCAUUACGACAUCGCCCUGCUACGACUCCAAAUGCCAGUACGCUAUACGCCCGCAAUCAAACCAAUCUGUGUACUGCGAGAUAGCAUCUCCUUAAAGAACACCAGAGUAGCGGGCUGGGGCCAAACGGAAAGCGGAAAUACCAGUCCAGUAUUGCUAGAAGCAACCGUUCAGAAAAUGAAUUCAUCAUUUUGCGAAAAUGUAUAUGAACACACAGAAUUUAAUUCUUCGUUACAAAUAUGUGUUGGUCCGGUGAAUGGAAGUGACACCUGUCUGGGUGAUUCUGGCGGACCACUGAUGGCCACCAUGGGACAGGGCCACCAAGAAUUCGAGUAUGUAGCCGGAAUCACCUCCUAUGGACUUAAAACAUGCGGACGUGAAGGACACAUUGGUAUUUACACUAAAGCUCCACUAUUUUUUAAAUGGAUUAAGGAGAAUCUGAAGGCUUAG